AUGCAACUAUCCGAUCGCUACCAAGAUGCCCUAUGUAAUCCUGGUGUCGAAGAUCUCUUUGGCGGACAACGUCGCUUGAUCCGAUUGAUACAGGAAAAAGCAACGGGCGUGGAGAUCACGGUUGAAUUUCCAAGGAUAGUACUCAAAGGAUUCGUGUUGCUGAUACUGAAAAAGCAAGGAUCCAUCGAUCUCUUGUGUACCGGCCCUCCAUUGGCGAACAAGGUGGCAAAGUGGAAGGGACAUGUUGGCGAUGACAUUGAGGUGCUAGUGAAGGAGAACAUGGUGCGUAUUCCUAUUGCGUCUGUGGAGGACAACAAGAAUGCAAAGGGUACGUUAGAUCAAGUCAGGGAUGCCUUAUUGCAUCUUCUUGGACCUCUUACCAGGGAGCAUCAACCUGAAUCUUUCAUCUGCAAUGAGUAUCAGCUCUUGAAUGGCCUCGAAAGAAAAACAACCAUGAUCGUAUCGCCAGAUCAAAAAUUCGACCUUGGCGAAUACAUCGACUUUGUGGCUGGAUACUUUGAGCGAUGCCCUUCAAUGCACACACCUCAGCGACCUACGAUCACAGUCUUCAAGUCGAAGACGACGAUCCAUCCCCCCAACAAAGACAUGAUCCCUCAAGAGUUGUUGUCAGACUUUUUUGGUCAUCUGGAUGUCGUUGGCGUGGACCUCACGUAUGUCUUCUGCCCCAAAGGAAUUGCCCCUGUCGAAAUCCCUGUCACCUAUCAAGGUUUCCGCAUUUUUUAA